UCUAGUCUUGUCAAUUUUAAGUGUUUUUCCAGUUUCCGCGUCAUUGUUUUUGUGUCAAAUUGUUGCGCGUGGUUUACUAUUGCUACGUUAUUACUUAUUUUAGACGGUCUUGAUUAAAGAUAGCUUGGAUCAUUUUUGAAGGCAUAAUCUUCUGACGCGAGGUGAGAUAGGCCUGUCUUAUUUGCAUGGCACUCAGAGUGAUAUCACCAUGAGUGGGGAGCCAGAUGCCUUGGCUGUGGUCAACCAGCUGAGGGACUUAGCUGCUGACCCCCUGAACAGACGAGCCAUUGUACAGGAUCAAGGCUGCUUACCAGGGCUUAUUCUUUUCCUUGACCACCCAAACCCUCAAGUCGUCUACUCUGCAUUAUUGGCCGUGCGGUACCUGGCAGAAUGUCGCGCCAACAGGGAGAAGAUGAAGGGCGAACUGGGGAUGAUGCUGAGUUUGCAGAACGUCAUGCAGAAGGGCACGUCGCCGGGGGAAACCAAACUGUUGGCCUCCGAGAUCUACGAGAUCCUCCAGAACUCCACCGACGCCGAAGCGGAGCAGGCCGAAGCGGCCGCCUCGUGCCGGCGUAAGGCUCAGUUCUUCCUGGGCUCUUCCAACAAACGGGCCAAGACGGUGGUUCUUCAGAUCGACGGCUUGGACGACACGACCCGGAGGAGCUUGUGUGAGGAGGCCCUGUUGAAGAUUAAAGGAGUGAUAAGCUUCACCUUUCAGAUGGCAGUGAAGAGGUGUGUGGUGAGGAUCCGCUCAGACCUGAAGGCUGAGGCAUUGGGAACAGCCAUAGCUUCAACCAAAGUUAUGAAAGCCCAGCAGGUGGUGAAAGGUGAAGAUGGUGCAGAGGUCAUUAUCCCAUUCCAGGAGGACUCCGACAUGGUGGUGGAGCAGAACACCGACCUGCCCGACUACUUGCCCGAGGACGAGAGCCCGGCGCAGGAGCAGAACAAGGCCGUGUCGCGUCUGGGCUCCAUGCAGGACGGCGUGGGCUGGCUGAGCACGGCCGCCAACUUCCUGACGCGCUCGUUCUACUGGUGACCUGCCAGGUGGCUGUGGGAGCCACAGACAGCCUGUCUGUAGAACACCGGACUGCCAAGUGCAAUUCGCAAUAACCGUAACUGUUCCAAAAAAGCCCGCAAACACCCAGAGAAACGCCACGACAGGCCGUAUACAAGUGCGUGAACAAAAUACUCGUUAAAAAGAAAAAAAACAAACCCUCACUUUAGCGCUGCACGUGCACCACAUUAGACACUAAAGCCAUAGAGCAACUACGAUGAUGCAGAGGGACAGCAGCGGGUGCAGAACUAGCUUCCCAUCUCAGCGCCUCUCACUCACCUUUUUUUUUUUUUCCCCUCCUUUUUUUCCUUUGGGAAGUUAAGCACCAGUUUCUAAUUGGGUUGUUACAGUUUCUCCUUGUGGGUCCAUCUCUCUUGAUACCAAAUGCAAAAUGUAAUGAGUGUUUUUACUAAUGCUUCAUCAGGUUUCACGACUGUCCCCUGGGUAAAUUAGCCAUUGUGCUGAAAGGAGCUCUUAUGGUGCAUAUGUUUGGGUGCUUGCUCUCUUUCUCUCUUUCUCUCUCUCUCUCUCUCUCUGUCUCUGUCUUUCUCUCUUUAUAUAAAUUUUA